AUGUUGAACGACGAGGAAGUCGACCUGGUAUCGCUGUUCCAGACGUGGGCUGCUACACACCCAGAGUCCAUUGCAAUUGAAGAUUGCACGGAGUCAGUCACAAACCCGCCAAGAGUGACGUAUCGAGAACUAGAUGAAUGCUCGAAUAUAUUUGCCCAAAAAUUGAAGGACAAUGGCGUUCAAUCCGGAGACGCCAUCCCAUUGUUGUCUGGCCGCAGCCCGGAGGCAUUGAUCGCCAUAUUAGCAAUCUUAAAGUGUGAAGCAUGCUAUGUACCCAUGGAUGCCGACACCUGGGCACAAGAUCGAAUUCAAAUGACUUUACAACAAAUUGAACCACGUCUAAUUGUCUCGACAAACUCGCAAUCCACUAUCCAACCGAGACACUGGAAGGUGCUGAAUAUGUCCUCGUGGAAGACGAUGCUAGCUUCGUCCUCAGUCACAGCUCUGGAGCAUCGGCCCAAUUCAUGUCAGGAUAUUCUUCAACCUCCUGGAUCUCGGCUUGAUCGGUUGGCGCAAUGUGACCCAGACCUUCCUUUCAACCUGAGCUAUAACCCCAACUCCCGUGUGUUGUGCGUGGUAUCUAUUGCGUUCGACGGUGAGAUUUUCUUCCUGCUGGCAUGCGUCGGGGUCAUUUUCAGUACUAUAACGAGUGGUGGCACAUUAGUUCUCGCCAAUCCGGCUACCUUCACAGCCACUGUCAAAACAUGUACUGUGCUGCCACUCACACCCAGCAUUCUCUCAACCCUGGAUCCCGACGAUGGAUAUGACAACAUCAAGGCUAUCUACAUGGGCGGUGAAACUCCUGCGCCGGCAUUGAUUCAGGCCUGGUCACGACCAGGCCGUCGCAUAUUCAACGCAUAUGGCCCAACUGAGGCCACUUGUGCCACCUUGUUGAGUGAGCUGUUUCCAGGGGGUCCCAUUACUGUCGGCUGGCCGAUUUGGUAUAGCAAUAUCAUCCUGGUGGAUUCAGACGGAAAGACCACCGAGGAAGAGGGUGAAAUAUUCGUUGGAGGCAUGGGUCUUGCCGUUGGAUAUUAUGGUAACAAAGAAGCCACGGACAAGGCUUUUGUUACCCGCGACGGAGAAAGAUUCUACAAAACUGGAGAUCUGGCUCGUCUGACCCCAGACGGCUAUGUUUUUAGAGGACGAAUGGACAGCAUGGUGAAGAACCGUGGCUUUUUAAUUGCGCUGGAGGGCGAGGUCGAGCCUGCUAUCCUCGGGUUCCCGGGGCUUACUGCAGCUGUGGCGAUGAAGAUCGAGAAUUCUCUUGUGGCUUUUGUCACGCCAACGGUCGAUGUCAAUGCCGUGAGAAAAUAUCUCAGUGAUAACUUUUCAACAUUCCUCGUGCCGGAUAAAAUCUACGCGUUAGAUGAAUUCCCUCAAACCGCCAACGGCAAGACUGACCGCAAGUUCCUCCAGUCACAUCAUGAAACAGAGGUGAAGAAGUUGGAUAUGGAUCCGAUUGAAUCACCUUCGCCCUCUACUACUUUAUCCCCAUUCGAGGCUGUGAAAAAGGCUUUCGCCCUUGUUUUACGCCUAUCAGAGGCUUCUAAUGGGCCAAAUGCUUCGUUCCUUCAGAAUGGAGGUCAUUCCCUCGAUGCAGUGCGUCUAGUCUCGACCCUCCGCAAAUUAGGAUAUACGACUUCCGUCACCGAGAUUAUUGCAAGAGAUACUGUAGAGGAAGUUGCCAAGACCCUCACAUUGCUCGCAGAGAGUUCCUCUACUUCAUUGUCUUCGAACAAGGGCAAUGCUCCCAUGACAGAUCUUCAACUACGCAUGGUGCGGGCCACAAUGCAAUCUCCAGCUUUGCAUUAUAUCAAAAUUGGAAUGACGUUCGAACACAGAGGUAUUCACGGAAUAUCCAAGACUUUGCGGCAUUCAUGGAACGCUAUCUACCGGGCACAUACAAUCCUUCGAACGACCUGGGAUCUCUCAGUCGGAGACGGUGUUCAAGUCAUUGAUGAGGAUGUUCAUUUGAAUUGGGAGGAAAACGUCGUUUCUAAAGACCUUUGGGACACUAUGUGUGAGGAGGCGAUAGAUAUGAAUCAGUGGAGCCAAACCCUUUCCUCCGACACAAGGCCUCUAUCAUCCACCCGUCUCAUCACUAUUCCCGGCCAUCGCACUCGCCUUAUUUGGACUGUGCAUCAUAGCUUGAUUGACGGCUGGUCGGCAGCAAAGCUUCUGGGAGACUUGAGAACUUCGCUAAACCACGGAGAACUCCCCCAGGAGUAUCCUCAAUUUAGUGAUGCUGCUCGCCUGCUCAAUGAACUGACCCGGGAAUCAGAAAAGCAGGCUUUCCAGUACUGGCAGUCCAUACCCCAUGGGUAUCUUCCAGUAAAGAAACUCCUCCUUGCUCCUCCUGCUCAUGGCAACAAACCGCUGGUCAAGGGUGCCACGCAGGCCGAUGUGCAUGAGUCGCUUGGCCUCCCGGUGUCCGCGCUGGAGGAGGCCGCGAAGUGCUAUGGUGUCACCUCCUCAACACUCAUCUAUGCUGCAUGGGCACUGCUUCUGUCUCGAUACUGCGACUCAGAAAAGGUCGCCCUAGGAGCUGUGAUUGCCGGAAGGAGUCUCCCGAUUGAUGGCAUUGAGAAUAUUGUUGGACCUCUUAUUAACACGCUGCCUCUGUGUGUCGACACUGAUAAGAGCAGUGUAGGUGAUCUGCUGAAGACAGUCUCACAAUCUCUGCACGGGCUUUUGGAUGUACAGUACUCCACCCACUCACUGAUCCAUGAAGCCUCUGGCAUCAAGGGCAGUGAUCUCUUUGAGACUGUAUUGGCUAUUCAGUAUCACUUCCCUAGUUUCGGCCCCGCAGAAAGUGGUGAGAUGAUUCCGAUAGAUGUGGAAUUCAGAGAGUCGACCGAGUUGCCAUUGACCGUGUUGGUCAACGAAUCCAAUGGAAUUCUCGAAACGAGACUCCUGUACUCCUGCCAGUCUUACGACCGAGACCAGGCGACUCAAAUCCUCCAGCAAUUCCAUAGUCUUGUCCGCGCCAUCGUACGUGCAGACUCACAAUGCUCUCUUGACGAGGUCAAUUCGAACAUCUUCAACCCCUGGUAUGAGCCGCAUACUCUACCGGCAGACAGUUUAUCAAAGAAUGAUGCAAUGGACGUUGAUGUUGAAACAUUCGAUGGGCCACAUACAAUCCAGAUGGCAAUUCAAGAGUCCUUCAGCCGCUUCCCGAAUCUUUGUGCUGUGGCAUCAGAGUCUAGAUCACUCUCAUAUCAGCAACUGGGCUGUUUUGUCGACGCUGUCUCUUCUCAGAUCAACGAAGUGACUAGCCCAGGAGACGUGGUGGGCAUUAUCAGCGACGGAUCCAUUGAAUGGCUAGUGGCAAUCCUCGCUGUUAUUCAAUCCGGCUGCACAUAUUGUCCGAUUGAUGUGAAAUUUCCCAAGGCGCGGCAACAGCACAUGAUUGAAGCAGCCUCUGCUAAACUAGUUUUACUCCCGCGUGCUACCAUGUGUUCAGAAUACACCUUCUUGGAAGAUGUCAAGGUGUGGGACACAGAGAGCCUGAUCACCCGGACGACCGCGCAACAAAAUCACGAUUCCCGUGAUAUUGAGGAGAACGAUAUUGCAGUGAUCAUAUUCACAUCGGGAAGCAAGGGUAUCCCCAAAGCAGUGCAGCUGCCUCAUAAAAACAUUAUGUCCCUGCUUUCAUCACCGGAAGGAAGGCUAUACUCUAAGCCCGGAUGGCGUAUUGCUCAGACAUUAGCGCUCGGAUUUGACUGCUGCGUGCUUGAAGUCUUCUCGGCUAUGUGCUUUGGGGGAACACUUGUCUUGAAAAACAUGAAUGACCCGCUAGCACACUUGAGCGUUGUCGAUGCGACAGUGGCGACGCCUUCUCUUCUGGCGACUCUGGAGCCCGAAAACUAUCAGAACCUGCAGGUGGUUUUCCUAUUGGGAGAGGCACUUCACCAGAACCUUGUCGAUCAAUGGCGUCCGGGUAGAAUAGUCCAGAACUGCUAUGGCCCAGCUGAAUGUACCCUUUUUGUCACGUACAAACGCUUCGAUGGAGCUGAUGAACGGGUGAGCAUCGGCAAGCCAGUGCCCCGAACGCGUUGCUAUCUCCUCGACAAGCGGCAACGGCCUGUGCCACUAGGAGUCAAGGGCGAGAUUUAUAUUUCUGGAAUCCAAGUGACUCCUGGAUAUCGAAACAAUGCUGUUCAGUCAGCAGCUGCGUUUCUGCCUGAUCCAUUUGCCCAGGGAUCUAUGAUGUUCAAGACCGGCGACAUGGGACGAUUGAUGCGGGAUGGGAACAUCGAGUACAUUGGAAGAGAAGACGAUCUUUUCAAGAUUCGCGGCUUCCGGAUUGAUCUUGGGGACAUCGAAGCUUCUAUUAUGUCCCUCGCCCCCGAAGUACAAAACAUUGCUGUCGUGGUUCCUCCUUCAGGAGACCUUCUCGUCGCUUUUGUCACUCCAAUCUCCGUCGAUGUUUCUAUGCUACAGGAGAGGAUCAAGGAAAAUCUUCCGCCCCAUAUGAUUCCAGCACACAUCACGGCUCUGGCUGACCUGCCAAUAUCACCGAAUCAUAAGGUUGAUCGCAAGAAGUUGGCAGAAAUUAGCAUAUCCUCAGCACGCGCUAUUGUACCACUAGCGACUCAAACAGAAAAGCUCAUUGGGCAGAUCUGGCGUGAGCUUCUAGGAGACUCCCCCAUGACGGAGAAGAUAAGUGCUACCGAUCAUUUCCUGACUAUUGGAGGCCAUUCACUGCUGCAAAUCCGGGUGGCACAGCGUCUGAGCCAGACCUUGAACAUUGCUUUCCCCUUGAAGCUGGUCAUCCAGUAUCCAAUCCUUCAGGAGCUGAGUAUAGCAAUUGACAAUGAAGUUCUUGCUCAGAGCGACCGCAAGCCAAGAAAGAGUUUCCGAUCGACCAAACGUGUGUCAAGAGAAGGAGACUUGCCUGUGUCGUUCCUGGAAGAAGAAUUUUUGAUCAACGACUGUCUUUCUGGGUCUUCGCCUGCCCUCAAUAUCAUGUUCGCGACUACCUUCGACAAGAUCAUAUGGAUCGAAGUUCUAGACCAGGCAUUCAAGGAAUCUGUUAAAGAUCGUGAGGUGUUCUUGUCGCGUUACAAACAGGUCCAAGGGAAAUUUGUCCGGAAACUCGUUCCCACCCCGGCUCCCAUGCGUCGAUUCACGCCGGGUGACCUGUCCUUCGACGAAUUCUUGGAUGCUGCCAGGAAUUAUCAGUUCGACCUCGAAACGGAACAGCCCGUUCAAGCCCACGUCUAUCAGCAUUCCGCUACUGAAGUGACAUUGGUUAUUCUCAUGUCCCAUCUAGUUGGCGACGCCAUCACGAUGAGCGAAUUUAUCAAGAGUUUCGCAGCCCGGCAUAAUGCACUGUCAAAGCGAGAUUUCACCGAUCGGAGAUUCCACCUCACAGAUAUCAGAGGAAAGCGCACCUACAUUGACUGGACAGCAUGGUCAACACCCCAGGAAUUCCCAGACAGCGUAUCCUCCUUCUGGAAGACAUACCUCGCUAGUCCACCUCUCCAAGGCCGUCUGAACCAGUUCCAUCGACCAAGAUCCUACAAAGGCGGGUUUAAGUCAUGGACUAUUCCAUCCUCUCUAUCCCAGCCGAUUCUCAAGCUGUGCACCAAUAUGACCCUGAGCCCUCAUCAGUUCAUGCUCGCUGCAGUGGCCAUGGCAACCCAAACUCUUCGCCACAGUCAGGAUAUUAUCAUGAUGGCACCAUACUCCCUUCGCAACGAGCCCAAGACUGAGACCCUGGCUGGCUGCCUCCUGGAUCGUGUACCCAUCCGCGUGCAAUGGGAACAAACCAAUUCCCUACGCGAGUUCCUCAAGUCCGUCCAGCAAGCCUCGCAAUCGGCCAUCGCCCACGCAAUCCCCUUCUCGGCCCUCUGCAAAGCUCUCCAACUUCAACCUUCCAUCACCGAAUCCCUUGCCGAGAUCAUGGUCACAUUCCAUCCUGCUGCCGACUCUAUCGACGAGCCCUUCGGCCAACCCUUCAAUAUCCGACCAAGCGGGGCCAAAUUCCCCGUGUUAUUUGAAUUUUUCCAAAACAAAGAUGAGAUCUCCAUGGUGCUCGAGCACGACGAGGCGAUCGUCACCUCCCACGACAGCGAAUAUCUGAUCUCGGCAUUCCAGUUGGUCUUGGCUCUCAUGGUUCAACAGAAGAAUGUCGAGGAGAUUGUAUCUACCGUUUUUUCUGAGGUUCACCGCCCCGUAGUUAUUCCUGAUGGUCCGGUGGAAUUGUACCGGGCUUCGGAUCCCAUUUCAUGCGAGGCUGAGCCGCAAUACGUGGAGGCCAUCCGCGAGGGCUUUGCAACGUGUCUUGGUAUCAAUGCGGAUCUUGUUUACCCGGACUCAUCGUUCUUUGAUCUGGGAGCGUCCUCGGCUGAUGCGGUGAGACUGGCGUGGUUGCUGGGGGAGAAAGGGAUUAAUAUCACUGUUCGGCAGGUGCUGUUGGAGCGUACGCCUGCUCAAUUGUUCCGGGUGAUUGGGUCGUGA